UAAAUAGUUGAAUUGUUCCUAUCGUUCAAUUUUGACUCUCUAAGCAACUAAAUGACUGUUAAUUGUUUAGCUGAGUCUGUUUGAUUUCAACAAGCUACUCUUACUGAUUAUCAGCAGCUCUUAUAUUAAAAACAAUUACAUCUUUCAAUUAAUCAUCCUAAUUAUCUUCAUCAAACAACAUCGUCCAUUUAACUGAUACAAGAAUAAAGAAAUCGUCUUGAUUGUUAACAUUGAUUUUGUCUUUUCCUGCUAUUUUCUGGUGACAAUAUCAAGUCAAUACAAUUGUAGUAGUAAAUUAUAGCCAGAUAAUCAUGUUUAAAUCGGUGUUAAUUGUUUUCUCCUUUCUAGUAAUUGGACAAUUGUCACCUUCAUGGGCAACAAUUAUUCGUGAUUGUAAUUCUGAAACUGGUAAAUUAAUCAGUUUAUCGGUUACUGGUUGUUCAUUCAACGAGGAUAGUGAUAAAUGUGUUCUAAACAAAGGAGAAACAUCAACUUUAGUAGCUACUUUUCAAAAUUUUAAUCAAACGUCUCAGGCAAAUUUGAAAAUCUUUGGAAUCUUAAUGAAAAGAAUUCCAGUUCCAUUUAUAAUCGAACCCAAUGCUUGUGCCAGUUGGGGUGUUCAUUGUCCACUAUCAGCGAACUCACAAUCAACGAUGACCAUUUCUUUGCCGAUUAAAGAUGAAUAUCCAGCAAUACCUGUUGAUAUUCAAGUGUCAUUAUUGGAUGAUAAGAAAAAAACAAUUUUCUGUCUUCAAUUUGCAGCUCAAAUUGAAAAAAAGUAGAGCAAUUUGAUUACAAUUGAUAAAAAUCAACAGGUUGAAAUAAUAAACAAACAAAAUAUCCAUUCCAAUUAACUGAGUUUCUAUAAAUAAAUUAAAUUAUCAAUCCUUGUUUACGGAAA